GCAAACCUUGCGGCAGUGUUGACGUCUCCAAAAACCGACUUCAUUGUCCAAGGGCGGCCGAUUCCCUCGCUGGAUGCCGGAGAGCUCUUGGUUCGCAACCAUGCCGUCGGACGUAACCCGAUCGACUGGCAGAGACAGGCGUGGAACUUUGUUAUUUCAUCUUUCCCGGCCAUUCUCGGUACAUGUAUAUGUCAGCGGGGUGGUGGUGGAGUCGGACCAUCCGUGACAAUCUUCAAGCCUGGCGAUCGCAUCAUCGGGUUUGCCCACGGCCUUGUCUCCAAAAACCUGGACAAUUGCGCAUUUCAGACAUAUACGGCCCUGAAGGCCAAUGCCGAUGCGGCAGUUGUGAUACCUGCCUCGCUAACAUUUGUGCAAGGCGCCACGCUGCCUACCGCUAUCGGCACGGCCGCCAUGUCGCUCAUCGACGGCUUCGGCUUCUCGUUAGCUGGUUGGCAGCCGGCCCCCAGGGUUGUCCCGCCGCAGUCUUCCGCCAUCUUGGUCUGGGGACGCGCCUCAGCCGGUGUUGGGAGCAUGACGGUUCAGCUUGCCUCCAUGGCAGGGUUUGUCGUGUUUGCAACGGCGAGCGAACAUCAACAUUCUCGCCUGCAAGCUCUUGGGGCUUCAGAAGUGGUCGAUUACCAUUCACCCGCGUUAGUUGACAGACUCGUUGCCGCUGCCGUGCGCGCCGGUGUGCAGAUCGAGUACGCCGUCGAUGCCAUAUCGCUCUUCGAUGCCAUAUCGCUCGUCGACACGCUUCCGGCGGUCGUAGAGGUGCUGACGAGGUUUCCCGGACCCAACUUCAAGACAUCGCACAUAAAACCAUGGCCUAGCAACCUGGCCUGGCCCGAUGACAUUUCCAUCCAGCACGUCAGGGGAGACGACUUGUGGGGCGGCAGAGAGGAUUUGUGUACUUGGUUGUACGGCGAAGCUUUGCCGAAAUGGCUCGCCAAAGACGGCAUCGUCUUGUCCCCGCACAGGGUUGUUGACCGGGGCGUGGCUGGUUUGCAGAAUGGACUGAACGCGUUGAGGAGGGGGUUAGCGGUAGAAGUUGGUGGUUGA